GAGAGAGAGAGAGAGAGAGAGAGAGAGAGAGAGAGAGAGAGAGAGAGAGAGAAAUAUCAUUGGAGUACCCAGACACUUAACUGAGAAACGAAAGCCAGCAAGCAGAGUGAAAACAAUAGCAUGCACACCUUCAGCUAGGGCUUUGUCUCGGCGGCACUCUCACUGGGUAUUCUCUGCUCAGUGUCUGCAGAUCUUCACUGGGGACCAGCUCGGGAAGGAGUUUUCUGUUUUCCUACCAAGCAAGGGCUCCAGGCAGCAGAUCCUCUUGGGUGUCCUGUUUAUCAGUCAGUGCUCCUGGCAGUUUGCCCCACAUGGGGAGAUCGGAGCUGUGUGCAGUUUCAUACUAGUGCUGGUCAUGGGUGGAUGUCACAGUAUGGGCAGAUCAGCAAUUGUAAAACAUUCACCAAGAAAGAAGGAAUUUAUAGAUCUCAAUGGACCAAAGCUGAAGAACAGCAUCACAAAAUCACCCCGUUCGCUUACUGGAAAGCCCUACUUACAGCCUGGCUGUGUUUCAGAAAGGAUCGUACAGGUGGAUUUGAAGACGUUGGUGUCUCUCCCUAAUGGGUUCGACAAGGCCGAGUGGAUGGCCACAAACACGAUUGCUUUCUUCAAGCACAUCAACGUGUUCUCAGGCGCUGUGUCUGAGUUAUGCACUGGUACAACCUGUCCAACCACUUCUGCUGCCGGUAACAAGACCUACUAUUGGCAGGACGACCAUGGGAAAAGGGUGAAGUGCUCGGGUCCGCUCUACACAGACUAUGCAAUGUCCUACAUACAGGAACUGCUUACUGAUGAAAACGUUUUUCCUACCAAAAAUGGUUCUACUUUCCCAAGUGGGUUUGUCUUCAUGAUCCAGAAGAUCUUUCUCUACCUGUUCCAUAUCAUGGCCCAUCUGUAUUGGGCACACUACAGAGACAUUGUGAGACUAGAGUUGCACCCUCACCUCAACACCCUCUACGCACACUUCAUGGCCUUCAACAAAGAGUUUGGCAUCCUUGAUCCACAGGAGACUGCCAUCAUGGAUGACCUGACAACUGCUAUGACUAAACACAGUCUUUACUGAAAGAUCCUUGAAGGACAAUGGUCAGUCUUACUGUACCUCUUGCUUUGAGGGACAUUGUUAGGUGCUAUCGUAAAACAAGGCAGUGAAGCGAUUACCUGUAACUAGUUUUGGGGUUUUGAAAUAAUCCUCUAGUGAAGGCAAAAAAACAAGACAGCUCUCCACAUUUUCUGUUUUGAGGAAAAACAAACAGGACGUUCACCAUUGUGCAACAGCACAUGAAUUAAGGAUCAUUGGCCAACAUUUAUUUCUUCAAAGCUUUUAACCCUGUUCCUAAGAAGAUGAAUACAAGAGCCAAGAGCAGGGAUGGAAGAAUAUCUAAAAGUGCUGAGAAUGUAAGGGCACACAGGAUCUCAACUUACCUAUUGCCAGAUCUGGAUGGAAAAUUGUUUACUGCAGGUUUUCUGGAGUAUUUUAGGACUUUGGAUCAACAGUUCGAAGGGAAACAGGCAUUUAGGUAAAAUGACUUUCAAAUCACAUACUUGAUGUGUGUAGUAACAACCAUCACAAACACAAGGAUAUAUAAUAUAUAAUCUUCUAAAGGCUCCGACACCUACCUCAGUAACAUAAAUAGUGUGAAGCCACAAGCAAGUAGGCUGUUCAAUAUCAGGUCACAACCCGAGCUGCUUGAUGUAUAUUCAUAACCUUUUGAAAAAUACAGCAGCUAAUUAAUUGUCUUUUACCAUUAUAUACCUAUUUAAACAUUUCUUUCCGUUUGUGAUGCCAUAAAUGUACCUGUUAAUCCUUUUUAUUUGUAAAAGGGAACGUGUAAAUUAUAUAUUGGGGUUUCUUUAUUUAAUAAAGAAUAUACCGAAUAAUUUCCCAUCAGCUUCCUCUCAAACACUAGAACAGAUUUUUAGCUUGUAUAUUCACUUUUUUUCCCAUCUGAAUGGUUUUAUUUGUAGUACAGAACAUCUAUAAUUCUUAUUUUGUCAACUCCCUGUAAACCAUAAAACUGUUUGUGCUUUAGCGUCAGGUCAGCAACAGCAUUAAAUACUAACUUGUCAAAAGAAUGUCUAUACUGCCAUUUCGUACAUGGACUGGGUUGGAGGAUCGCAUGAUUCUUUGAAUAUAAUUUCCUAUUGUACAUUUGUUUUUACCAAAAUGUUGAUUUUUUAUUCUUUAUUUUUUAUGCCAAAGCUGUAUUAAAUCCUGUAUCUUCGCUUUUUAAUUAACCUUGUGUAUUACACACUAGAAAAUCUGA